AUUUGUAGUCCCGCCCGCUCGCUCGCUCUUGUCACUUGUGGCCCCGCUCACCUCUUCAUCUUCCCUCUCUGUUGUCCCUUUCGCAGCCUUUACGCCUUCAUGGCCUCAUUUUGCCUCAUUUGCUCACCAGCACCAAGAACGUGCUUUGCUUCCUUUGUUCCUCCCGCACGACCGGUUAGACUUCAGGGCUUCGUUUAUUUCUCUUGAGCGUUCUUACCGACAUGCCUUCCUACCCCCCCCCCCCCCCUAUAUAUACAUCAGCACUAAACCCCCCUCACUCCUUUGUACAACACCCCACACCCAUCUUUGCCGCGCUGCAUCUCUGCAGUAAAACUGGUGCAUUGAGGCAGACCGGUGGAGACAAAAGGCGUGAGGGAGGUGUCGGGAAUGCACCCUUCGUAAUUACGCGUGGAGCUAAGCUGGUCACUUCAUUCUUAACUGAUUUUUAAAAAGCCCCGCACUUGAGAAGGAAAAAAUCUAAAUGGGUGCCCUUACUGGUGGGUGGUGCACUCGAGAUGACCGACACAGCACACCACACACGACGAUGUCUGUACCGAGACAGACCUGUGAGAGGCAGCACGGUGCCACAGAACGUCCAGACGUAAUGCCUGGAUCAUAUAACGCGAUUUCAGCCCCGUUAUUGGCCCAAUUUGCUAUCGUGAACGAUUUUUCCAGAUCAGGCCCAACAUAUUUUGACGGGAAAAACAACAACUCCUUAUACAGUGUGACAUAAACCACAAUCAACGAUUUGGCCUUGAAGAAGCAUUACAAUGCCAAAAUGAAAAGUCUAGCAAUUGAUUUUUUUUUUGGGGGGGGGGCAUAUCUUCAAUGUAGUGUGAGAACCUUGAUGUCAGUUGUGACGAUAAUCAUGACCGCGUUAUGCAGCUAGCUAGCUACAUAAUGUCCCCUGCUCGCUUGCGGUAUUAAAAAUACAUGAAGAUUACCUCAGCCUCUCCUUGAAGAAUUGGCAGCCCCAACCGUCCUCUUUGCACACUAGGGAUGACACCACACACAUUUUUUUUUUCUGGCAGUAGUCUCUGACAUGGAGCCACUGUGAGAAACCCAAUUUGUCUUGUAGACUGAUCAUUAGAAGAGGAAAGUAGUAUUCAAAGAAGGAAAAAGCUAGGUUAACUUUGAGGUUAUCUGGAAAUUACCAUGCAUUUCUAUUUCAGCGUAAAACUUUGUAGGAAAGUUAGACACUCAACACACCCAGAUGCAACAUCUUCGGCAACAGCGCACUCGAAUCAUUUCCUAAUUGGCUGUCGUUCCGUUUCGCAUCACGGAGUCUGUGGUUCGCCACAACUUGGCGUUGACAACGCACGAGGAUUUUGGUACGUAAAUGUUGAUCAAGUUGAACGAUUUUCAGCCUCUUUAACAACAACCCACACCGCAGGAUAAUCGGUCAGGAUAAUCUUUUUGACACCUCCAACAAUGAGGCUUUUACUGACUUUGAUUGUAAGAGAGGGAAAGCAAUCAAAUUAGGCCCAACGAUCUGUAUGUGUGUACUCCUCGUUAGAAACACCUACGCACUCUUAAUUCCGACAUUUCCAAACCAGUGUGUUGCAGUCAUUUGCCGUGGAAAAUUAUCCAAUUACACUUCAUUUGUCCAAAAAUUCUAAUGUAUUUACUACAAAUACGACACAAUUUAUGCCAGCGACUUAGUGACAGGGAGAACAAAUAACUAGGUGGCAGAAGUAAUAUUCAACUUACUCCAGCACACUUAUUCUGUGGCUGGUGCUGCCAUGAGAGUUUUCUAAUAUGAAAUAAGUGCCUUGGGUUAAAAACAGUUGGGACUGCUCCAAUGAGAGCCAGUGGCACUGUAAGGAAGAUAUUUGUUUAACCAAAUGUCAAAUACUGUACUGAGAGGUCUUUGUAAUAUUUUGGUGAGCAGCUUUAGCUCACAGUAUGAUGCACUGAAGUGCGUAAACGAAAUAAAUGGGGGUGGGCUAAGUAUGGCCCACUGAGUAUUUACAUGAGCGACGAUCCUGUAAUAUUUGUUGCAUUAUUUUAAAGCCAUUUUCCCUUAAAUUGGUUAGAAGCUAUUUAUCAGUUUUAUUUAUUUUAUAUUCAUGUAUCUUACAAUAUGUUUAUUUAUUGUAAGUAAUAAGGAUGAACAUUUUGCAUGUACAGCAAAAGUGCAUUUUAUGAAAUAAUGGGUUGACCUGGCCCAUCUUUUGUGUUUUUGAAAAUCAAAUGUGGGGCUUCAGUAUAAAAGUUACCCACCCCUGAAUUAAAGAAAAUAAAUAGUUAAAAAAGGUAACAUCAAAAAUUAGGCAGAGGACCACCUUUACAAAAUGGUCAAUAUAUUUCAUAUUCUUUAAAAGUAUUUAUAGAGUGAAAUUAAGUCAACCAAGAGGAGAAAGGUUAGUGCGGGAGCCAACAAUUUUUUUAAUCAAAAUAAAAUUCCCAAAGAAACUCAAUGACUACCAACUGGACAUUCUUUUCCUCAUUACUUUCAAAGUAAUCUUUCAAGUGGUAAUGACACGUUAACACACACAUCACCGAUUGAGUCAAACGUGAUGUCGUCGUGACGUCACAGUGAAGCCUCAGAGGGGUGAAGAGUAGAGUUUUGUUGAAUUUUACACACUUCUAUACACAAAAAUACUUAGUUAAAAUGCGCACGUUGGCUUUGUGCUUUUUUGUCUUCUGUGUGUUGUGCGGCAUUUUCAGGACGUCCGUGUGCUGCUUUCGCUGCUUCGUGGAUGUCAUGCAAAGUGUUCGCCUUUGUUCAGGCUACAUAUCGACGGAGAAAAAUGUGCAGAGCAUGGAUGACUGCUUCAAAAUCCUUGACCGUCUGUUCAACUUCAACCCCAAAGUGAUCGAGGCCGGCAGAGUUGGGCUAGGCUACAAGGACCAGCUGAAGGACACCAUGCAGGAAACCAUUCUUCCCGUGAUGAACGAGCUUGGGGGAAAAACUAAUCCCGACACGGUGUACGAGAGCAAGCUGCAGACAGCAGCAGACAAUUUCAUCGCUGCAGCCUCCAAACUGCCUCGAGCCACUAGAUGCAUCCCCCCGUGCGGUUUUCAGACUCAAGAUGGCCAUUACGACUGUGAAAAAUGCAUAUAUGAUUCCUGUAAUUUUCCUCUUGACUGCCCAGUCGAAAAAAUAACAGUGGACGAGAACGACCCGACCCAAAUGUUGUGCAACGUGCCAUUUGCCUUACCCACCGAUACCAAACUCAUCUGGAGCUGGACGUUUGCAGAGCAGGUGCAAACUCGGCAGGUGGAGCUGUUUGAAGAAAUUACAGCCGGGGAGGACAAUCUCUACUCCAUCUCAUCCACCAAGACGCACCACCAGGGCACCUACCAGUGUGAGAUCUACUCGGGCAAGGUGUCCAUUGUCAGAAAUUACUACUUUCUCACAGUGACCCCCCACGUCGUGGCGGGCCAUUCCGAGCUGCAGGAGAUAUUUGAGCUGUCUCUGCUCCCGGGAGGGAGGCUACGAAGCGGGUCUCCUCUCCCCUCUCAGCACCUCCCGUCGCGCGUGCUCAUCGGCAUCUGCUUUACAUCUUUGCUGGUCCUCCUCCUCCUCGCCUUGGGGCCCACCACACUUGGGAGCCAAAUGGAAAAGGUGGCGACACAGCGUCUGAGGAGGUUAUCUGGCUUUUUCAUCGACUGCUGAUAAAGCACUGAUAAUACUGAUACACGCCUAGAUAAUAUGUUCUGAUGUUUUCCUCUUGAAUGUGGGCCAGCCAAUCAACGGGGUUCAGUGCACGAGAAGAGGUUUGAGUUGUGGGAGGACAACUCAUGGCUUCCUCACCAUGGCAACACGUGUGGUCACAGUGCCCUGAGCAUCUGACAGUUCCCGACCGAGAAGUACAUCGCCUCUCCGGGGCAACCUCCCUCCUCACCCUCACCCGUCUUGCCUUCGUGUGAUUUUUUUUGUUUGUUUUCAUUUUUCCCAAGCUCAAGGGGGGUCAUCAAGGGGACCCGUUUUGAUGACAUGGAUGACAUCAAAAUGGCCGUGACGAUGGAGGUGAGGAAGAUCCCAGAGGAAUCCUUCCAGGAGUUCAUGAAGGCGGAUCAGAGAAGGCUGGGAAAGUGCAUUAGACUCCAAAGAAAUUACUUCAAAGGGGAACACGGAGUUUGGAAUUUGUAUUUGAAAUAUUUCUUUUGUGAAACCACUCCUGGAACUUCUCUGACGCACAUCGUACAUAAUGAGGACAAGCGCUAUAGAAAAUUGAUGGAUGGAUGCCUUGCCUGUACCCAGAAUGCACUGCAUUUCAUCGUGUGGUUUUGCGAACUCAAUAAGUUGUUAAUAUUGCAGGAAAUCCUCUGUAUAAUUUUCUGUUAAUAAAGAAAACCCGAAAAAUGAA